CUGAGUCUUAUUUGUUCUCUGGGAAGAGGGCAAACAGCUUGUGACAGCAGGAAUCCAAAUAGAGUCCCAGUGGUCAGGCAGGGAGAAAGGAGGACUGGACAGAACAGAGAGGCUGCUAAGAGCAGCUGCUGAGUUGGCUUCCAGUUCUUGUCAAAACGACCCCUCCGAUUCUAGAGGGAAACUCGAAUCAUGAAGCUAAUUACUAUACUGUUCCUCUGCUCCAGGCUGCUCCCAAGUUUAGCACAGGAAGAAACCACCCAGGAAAUCGACUGCAAUGAUGAGGAUGUGUUUCAGGCUGUGGACGCUGCUCUGAAGAAAUACAAUGCUGGGAACAAAACUGGCAAUCAGUUUGUGUUGUACCGAGUGACAGAGGGCACUAAAAUGGUGGGUUCUGACACAUUCUACUCCUUCAAGUAUGAGAUCAAGGAGGGCAACUGCCCUGUUCAGAGUGGCCUCACCUGGCAGGACUGUGACUACAGGGACGCCGAGGAAGCCGCCACUGGAGAAUGUACAGCAACAGUGGGGAAGAGGGGAGCUAAGAAAUUCUCCGUAGCUACCCAGACUUGCAAUAUUACUCCAGGUAAUGGACCCGUAUUGACAGCCCAGUACACCUGUUUGGGCUGUGUACACCCCAUACCGCCUGAUAGCCCUGAACUGGAGCCUGUACUGAAACACGCAGUUGAGCAUUUCAACAACCACACCAAGCACUCCCACCUCUUUGCUCUUGAAGAAGUAAAAGCAGCCCAGAGACAGGUGGUGGGUGGAAUGAAUUUUGAAAUCACCUACUCAAUUGUGCAAACUAAUUGUUCAAAGGAGCAGUUUCAGUUCCUGUCGCCAGAGUGCAAAUCCCUUGCGGAUGGAGAUUUUGGGGAGUGUAGAGAUAACGCCUUUGUGGAUAUCAAACAAAACGUUGCUGACUUCUCCCAGGACUGCAACAUCUAUCCAGGAGAGGAUUUGACACAACCACUUCCCGAGGGCUGCUUUGGAUGCCCCAAGAGCAUACCUGUAGAUAGCCCAGUGUUGACAGAGCCUCUCGGUCAUGCCAUCAAAAAGCUUAACACAGAGAAUAACCAUUCUUUCUAUUUCAAGAUCGACACAGUGAAGAAAGCGACAUCCCAGGUGGUAGGUGGAAUGAGGUAUUUUAUUGACUUCAUAGCCAGAGAAACCAAAUGUUCGAAGGAGAGUAACACAGAACUGAAAGAAGAUUGUGAGGUCAAGUCCUCUGGUCAAAGUCUCAGCUGCAGUGCUAACGUGUACAUGAGACCUUGGGAGAACAAAGUCGAACCGACUGUCAAGUGCCAAGUAUUAGAAAUGAUGAUGAGGAGACCUCCAGGCUUUUCACCUUUCCGGUCAGUCCAAGUCCAAGAAGCAAAAGAAGGAACAACUGUAAGUCCACCCUACACUGCCAUGGUGCAAGAAGAGCAGGAUGCAGAACAUGAGCGAAGACCCGCUGAGGGGCAUGAAAAACAGAAAAAGCAUAAGAUUGACCACGGUCAUAAGCAUGGGCAUGACCAAGGCCAUUGGCCCCCAAAGACACAUGGCCUUGGCCAUGGACAUCAGAAGCAACAUGGCCUUGGCCAUGGACAUCAGAAGCAACAUGGCCUUGGCCAUGGACAUCAGCUUAAAUUGGAUUAUCUUAAACCCCAAAGGGAAGACAGUUUUGACCAUGAACAUAAAGAGGAACAUGUUCAUAAGCAUGGUCAUGGCCAUAAUAAACACAAAAAUCAUAACAGAAACAGUGGCAAGCACACUGAGGAGAGAGCAGAGCCUAUGGCAGGCGCUUCUGUAGACAGCUCUACAUCCUCCACACAGACACAGAGGAGGACCACCCCUAGCCCUCCCCUAGCUCAGCCCAGUGUCGUGGUUACCCCUUCUGACUUUCAGAAUUCAGAUUUAAUUGAUGGUGAGGUGGGUACCACACCACCAUAUGCCAUGGAGACCUAUGAUGAUUUGAUCCCUGAAAUCCAUGUGCAACCAGAUAGCCUUUCAUUUAAGCUGAUAUCUGACUUUCCAGAAGCAAUGUCUCCCAAAUGUCCUGGACGCCCAUGGAAGCCAGUUAGUAGAAAGGAUCCAACCACAGAAAUGGGAGAAUUUUCUGAUUUUGAUCUCGUUGAUGCUCUUUCUUAACUUAUACAGCCUGCUAGCUCAGAGAGAAAGCGUCCCGCUGACCUUCCUCUUCCGCUGUUGUCCCAGAAGCCACUCCUUGUCUCAAAUAAGUCAUCUCCAACUCAAUGUCUGUCUCCUCUGUUACUUCUGAGUCUCUCUGUCUAUCCUCCUGACUUCCUCUUACUUUCUACAUUUUUUUCCUAAUAAUUUAUGUUCACUUUCUGUCAGCUGUUUGCUUGCUCUGCCUCUUGAUAUAUGGCUGAUUAUAUUCAAUCCUGUUUAUGAUACUCAGGCAGAAAGCUCUCAUAUUAAAGGUGUGUGCUAGGGAUGAGCCACACCAAAACUAGAAACAGUUUUUUUUUUCAGUAAAUAAUAAAAUCUCGGGGUUCACAGUUUGUCAAAUACCCUAUUGGUGAGUCCACCAGGCUCCAUUAGACAAUUCCAUACCUAUGGACACUAAGACAUUCUAGUAGUCACUAAACAAACAAACAAGAUAAAUAGACCUGUAGGGAGGAGGGGGGCAAUAACAGCUAUGGGAAGGAGAAAACAGAGUGAGGAUAAGAAUAAUCAGAACUCGCCAAGUGGUGGGGGCACAUACAUUAAUGCCAGCACUAGGGAGGCAGAGGCAGGCAGAUCUCUGUGAGUUCAAGGCCAGCCUGAUCUGAGGACAGAGUUCCAGGAUAGGCUCUAAAAGCUACACUCACUGACUGCUCUUCCAGAGGUCCUGAGCUCAAUUACUAGCAACCACAUAGUGACUCAUGAUGGUAAAAAUAUCUGGUGCCCUCCUCUGACAUAAGUCAUACAUGCAGAAACAGCACUCAUAUACAUUGAAUAAAUAAAUCUUUAAAAGAAAGAAUCCCCGAAAUGUAAAAUACAGGAAGGGAUUCCCACACCAUGGAACAAAUGGUAUCAAGGGAUUCCCAUACUGCAGAGCUGCUGUAAACCUUGGAUUUAGAAAAAGCAAAAUAUCUACAGGCAGGAAUAAAGUCAAGAGUAGGAAGGGAAAGUAAAGAUACAAUUUCACAACCACGCCAUGCUGUGAAUGCAUGCAUUGCUGCUGCUGGUGUUUACUGGAAGCAUUGCGCUCUGAGUGUGUCUUUCAUUUCAAUAUUGUCUACAUUUUAAAAUAAAGAACCAGUGACACCAGGAAACAUUCUCACCUUGUCAAGCAGUUCAUCAUUUUGCAAAUAUCGAGCAUGAACAUCAAAUUAACAGAGUUU